ACUGUUAAGCUGAUAGGAGAAGAAGGACGGUAGUAAAUCCUAGGUCUAUUGUUGUCAUUAAGUUUGCUGGUUAUUUCUGCAGCUUUGUUAAAGCUGUUUAACGUCACCAUGACGAAUCUGCAAUCUCUGAGCAUUUUCCUAACAGAACGUUUAAUGCUGGCGGCCCAGGAGAUUUUCAAGGCAGUGGAAGUUACCGUUACUGAAUAUCACGACGAAAUUUCUCGAUCCAGACAAGAAAACGAGCUUCUGAAGAGCAGACUGCUGGAGGCAGGUAUACAGUUUUAUCCAGUUUCAGAAUUACAGCCUGGGCUGUCUGUCUUCCACGGAGAACCCUGUGUUGGAUCUGAGAGAGGAGAUCCAGGUGAGAAGAUUCAGGUGAAGAAAGAGACAAGCGCUUCCAGGGAAGAGCUUCGAGUUCCACUUCCUCAAACAAACGUGCCUGAAGAACCAGUUUCCCCAAGUGCAUGUCUAGAGAAUGAACAGAGAAUAGAAGAGAUGCUACAUCCACAGAUGACAGACAGCAGUCCUUCACUCCAGGCUCAUCAGUGUAUGCAGAUUAAAGAAGAAACCGAUGAGUCGAAGUCUAGUUUGGGAGCAGAGAUUUUCUGCACAUCACAGAGCAGCAUGUCUGAUGAUCCGAGCAGCGGACUGGCUUCCAACCAGGCGAGUGGGCUUGAAACUGAACUGGACAUACUUUCCUCAAUGCAUAAUGCCUCAGAGAUGCCACUAAGUAGCAAAGGAAAAAGUGCACGUCACAGGCAGCGGGUUAACUCUGACCCUAACGCACGAGCUGAGUAUCUCGCUAAAAGGAAAGAAAGUUAUCAAAGAAGAAAACAGCUGGGAAAGAUUAAAUAUAUAAAGUCAUGUGACCUGCCAAAGACCGAGAGGAAGAAACAGAGAGCACAAUGGAGGGCUGCAUCCAAACAGUACAGGCAGAGAAGAAAGAUGACCGAGGCAGUGUUCAAUUUUAUACCUCUGCCCAUGGAGUGUGCUCCAGCAAACCUGGAAGAUGUAGAUGUAAAUAGCACAGCAGAAGAACACUCGGCCAAUACAGGUCAAGCUUUUACAGACUCUUGUCCUCUGAAGGAGGCAUUUAGUCUACUUCACUGGUGUCCUCCAGACCAGAGAGCAAGCAAAGAAAGAUUACUUCCUCAGCUGAGAAACAGUUGCGAGGAACUGCAAAGAGAACUUCAACUAGGAAAACUUGAAGGAAACAAAAAGUGACCAUUCUUCGUGAGCUUUAGGAUCAUCACCUGUUAUCAUCUUUCACAGGUUGACCUGGUUCUUGAGGUUUUACAGUACGGUGGAACCUCUUUAUUCCAGGUCUCAUCAUCACAUCCAUAUCUGGGACUUCCCCAAGUUUGCAUUUAACUGCAUCACAAAUGACAUACUUUACACUAUGCACUUGCAAUAUUCAAUCUACAGUCUAGUGUAUGGAUUUUAGUAGGGUUCUAUAGUAUUAUCUUAAAUGGAACACUACAUUUUUAAUUUUUUUUUCGUUUCCCAGACGACAGCAAAAGAUACGUAAUCCACCUCCGCUAGCUUUAGCAGAAUACAAUUUUUAAUAGUGUUCAAAAUGAAAUGACACAAAGUGGCACAAAAUAUUUUUUCCCUGUUUGAACACACAACUGACUAUUUAUACCACACAAUGGUGUAGAAUAGCGCACAAGUAUGUGAAUUGGAACACACCUUUUGUAUGGUGCUGUAGCUUUACCAUUUCCCUUCAUUGGAGCUAAGUGGCCCAGAACAGUGCCCCUGUGCACAAAUCAAUGUCCAUGAACAGUUUGCCAAGAUUGAAGUGAAGAUCUUGAGUGAACACUACUGGGAUGAACUGGGACACUGACUGCACCUCAGUGACUGACCUUACUAGUGCUCUGUAAAAGCAAAUGGGAGGCUCAAUCUUGAAUGGAAUGUUCAGAAAGCACAUGAGAGAGUUAUGUCAGAUGUCCACAAACCUUUGACCAUAUAGUGUACUUUAGUGAAUAUAUCCAUACCGUAAUAUCAGUAUCAGAGCCAACAACAUUGUUCUUCUAUAAGUUCAGCCGCCCAUAUUGGGUGAAGUUAAACAUGCUGUGAUUUGAUUCUGUUCAAUUUAAAACACUCUGAUUCAAAUCUAAUGUAAAGUUCACACAGCGGGCCUCAUUUAUCAAGAUGGACAUCACCAAGUUUAUUUGAAAAUAAUUGGUAGUUGAAGAAAUGGAAUAUUCCUUAAACUCUGGUUCACAAAAAACAUCUGUAUCCUAUGUGAGACCUUGAGUUUGUGUACAUUUAUGUAUAAACAACAUGUUUUUUUUU